UCUCAUUCGGUUGGCAAAAGUAAGCCAGAGAAAAAAAAUAGUCAUGAACAUUUUGGAGAUAGAAACAAAGUAUGUUUCCGUUUUCUAAGAGUUGGCGGUGACAGUCAAAACCAUUUCUAAAACACUGGCAGGGAUAACAGAAGAAUGGAUAUGGAGACAGAAGGAUUCAAAGACCUGCUACAGCAGGCUGAACAGCUAACAGCAGAAAUGGACAGCGGCACAGAUCUCCCGCAUGUGGAACGAAAUUUGGCGCAGAUUCUUGAGUCUGGCCAAAGACUUAUUUCUAGAACAGCACCAGCAGCUCAUGAUGACAGUGAUAUAAAGGCGGCUGUUCUGCUUGGUAGCAAAGGAUAUGUACUACCUAAAAUAGCUGAACGUCUUGAUGGAUUGAAGGCAUCAACCACUUUUGAGCCACUGGAACCUGUGAGAGACACAGAUAUUCAGGGAUUUCUGAAGAAUGAAAGGGAAAAUGCACUUCUUGCAGUUAUUGAGCAGACAAGAAAACAUACAUUUGAUGAAGUAGAAAGACAUCAAUGGGAGAGCAUGGAAAAUGAAUGGGAAAGAGAGAAACAGAAGAUUUUAAACACUCUGCUUGGCUCAGGACCAGAUUUAUUUGACUUUCAACCAGAAACAGAGAGCAUGAGUAGUGAAACUAUCUUUACACGAGGUCGAAGCAAUCUUGACCACAUUGAGGUGGCAUAUGCACGGCAGGUUUUUGUAUAUAACGAAGAAGUAGUGGCCAACAGCAUUCGUCCUAGCCUAGUUGAUCUAUUCAUGGAUGUGGCAAAGAAGAUCAAUGACAAGAGUGUGCAGGACUUAUGGGAGAUGAUACUAUGCAUGACAGACAUUCCUCUUCCAUCUUCCUAUAGUUCAAAACCAGGUGCCCUCAGAAACAGUAAAGAUACUCAGAGACUUCUAGUGUCUAAAGCUAUUAGACAUUUGGAGACAAAUUUUUGCCAGUACCUAAAAACAGUUGUAUAUGAGAACCUGGAACAGUCACAACUUGGUGGUGUACCUGGAACAUAUAAUCUUGUGCGGAGUUACCUUAAACUACACUUGCCUGUCAUGGCAUUCUCCCCUGAGGAUGGUAUGUUAGAUGACCAGCCAGUUUGGGCCCUAAUCUACUACUGCCUCCGCUGUGGUGAUCUGAAGGCAGCUCAGCAGGUUAUUACUAAAGUCAGUCAUCAGUUGGGAGACUUUCCAAGCUACUUUAAGGAGUACAUCAACAAUCCACAACACAAACUGAGCAUUGCAAAUGAUACCAAAAUUAAGUUGCAGUACCGGCGAGUUGUCAAAAACAGUCAUGACCCAUUCAAGAGGGCAGUCUUCUGUGUCAUUGGUCAGUGUGAUCCUCAUGAAGACCAUGCUGAUAUCUCAGAUAAAAUUGAUGACUACCUGUGGUUGAAACUUUCUCAGGUUGAGUUUGACAAAGUAGACAGUGGGCAGGAGUAUUUGACAUUAGAGGCUCUGCAAAAACUCUUAUACGAGGACUAUGGGGAAAACCACUUCCAAGCAUACCAGCAGCCAAUGUUGUUUACACAGGUUCUUGUCUUAACUGGCCAGUUUGAGGCUGCCAUAGAAUUCUUAUCUCGCCUGGAACAUCUACGGCAUCAUGCAGUUCACAUGGCUCUUGUGCUAUAUGAGCAAAACCUGCUGUUCAUACCUACCAGCAGCCAGGCUCCUCUGUUAAGUCGAGAGCCCAGUGACCCACCUGGGGUGCAACGACUGAACCUGGCCCGUCUCAUAAUGAUGUACACCAGAAAGUUUGAAGCCACAGAUUCUCGGGAGGCUCUGCAGUAUUUUUAUUUUCUAAGAAAUCUUAAAACUCCAAGUGGUGAAAAUCUUUUCAUGACCUGCGUCAGUGAACUUGUGCUAGAGACACGAGAGUUUGAGAUGCUUCUUGGUAGACUGGAGAAGGAUGGGACACGACAGCCUGGUGCUAUUGAUAAGUUUUGUCAAGAAACUGGAAAGAUUAUAGAGCUUGUUGCUCAUGAUACAGAGGCUAAGGGCAUGUUUGAGGAGGCAGUGACCUUAUACGAGUUAGCCAAGAACCAGGAAAAGGCAAUAAGCCUGAUGAAUAAGUUGCUGAGUAAAGUGGUAUCCCUUUCCUCAAGCCCAGAAAGCAACCGUGAUCGUCUCCAGAAACAAGCUGUUUUCAUGGCAGAGAGGUUCCGGGCCAUGGGUCAACAUACCAGCACUACAAAUUCAGGAACAUUCUAUCUUCUGUUAGAUCUUAUCACCUUCUUUGACUUUUGUCACACUGGCUCUGUAGACGAGGCAUUGGAUAUAAUGAAGCAGCUCAAGUUGUUACCUUUUUCACCUGAGGAAGUUGAGCUCAGAGUCAGCAGUUUUCGGAACUACACUGAUGAGAUAAGGAGAAAUUUGCCAGAUAUUCUUCUCGCAGUUAUGAAUCUUCUGCACAGAAAAUAUGUCAGCAUAAGAUCGUCUGGCCCGCUGAGUCCUGUGCCCACAGUUGGAGUUGUGAAGGAUGGUGGAAAGGAAAAUUAUCUAAAUUAUCUUCGAAACCAGGCCAAGACUCUCAUCAUGUUCGCAGGGAUGUUACCGUACAGACUACCUGGAGAUGUCAAUGCCCGGCUUGUACAGAUUGAAGUACUUAUGCACUGAAAUACAUCUUGCUAUAUUUGGUAACUGGGACGUUGAUUGUUCUUCACGUUUUCUUCCACUUAUGAGAAGAGGAAAGUGAACAUUUGCAGACAGCUGUUAAGAAGUUGCCAUUGUGCAUCAAGAGAUCCUCAUCAUCUUAUUUUAAGACUGAUUCAGUGAAAGCCAUGCAUGUUUUUUUGUUUUUUUUUUUCAAAGCAGAUAUGAUGAAAGUAUUUUGUAAGUGCAUAAAUAAAUGUUGGUAAUUCAUAAUUUCAAUGCAUUUUACACAGAAAGCUGCUGUUUAUAUGCCAUUUUAUGUGAACAAAAUCGUGAAUGGACAAAGUGAAACAAAGCAUAUGUAAUAUUUCUACACCGUGCAAAUAUAAAUGUGUAAGAGAAGAA